AUAUAAGUUAAUAGUUUAAUCGACAAUAUCAUUAUGGCGGUGUCCAGCGCCAGACUCCGCUUGAUAACUGCAAUUUUGGGAGGAUUUAAUUUGGUUGCGGUAAUAUUUGUAUUUGCCGCUCCGUUCUGGAGAACAACAGCGAUGCAAGCAACGAUAAAUGCAUUCAAUAACGUAUGGGGAUAUGAAGGAUUAUGGAUGGAAUGCAUGUCUUUCUACCGCCAGCAAACUCAAUGCUAUCAAAUUGGUCAGAUGUCAACUCGUCAAGCUUCCAGUAAAACUUGGGUGUCAAACUCUUAUUACAAGUAUGGCAUCUACGCACAUCUCGACGCAUAUCGAGCAUUUAUGGCAAUUGCUCUCGUUACAUCAGCUAUUGCCUUCUGCCUUUCGCUUGCCGGAAUGAAAUGCACAAGAGCAUUCAGAGAAGACAGUAAAACAAAACGAUGGAUAAAUCUUGGUGCCGGAAUAUGUCAUAUCAUCGCCGGAGUUUUGACUGGGAUUGCGGUGUCCUGGUACGCUGCCGAAGUUGUGAGAGAGUAUUGGUCACCUUACUAUCAGACAACGAGAGUGAAAUACACGUUGGGGUCAUGUUUGUUUAUUGGAUGGUUUUCUAUGGCGUUAUCCUUGGGACUGGGCUGCAUAUUAACUUGCUGCACGUGCUUCAAUAGACCGGUGGAUAAAAAUUCGUAUGAAUGGAAGCAUCCUGUUACAGAAGUUGAAAUUUCUUCUCAGCCUGUUGAGGCAAUGAUGAUGACUCCGAGUAACGACGACGACGAGUGGGAUGACGGCUCCAGUAGAUAUUCUCACUCUCGCACACAUAAGUCUCACAAAUCUCACAAGAGUCAUAGAAGUCAUAGAAGCCAUAAAAGUCACAGAAGUCACGGGAGUCACCACAAUGACAAAAGAUCAGAAUGGGUGGAUGACUAUCACCCCGAUCCCCAUCCCAAUGAGUAUGACGAGAAUGGUCAUGUUGAUGGUUUUGUAUAGGCCUUUUUAUAUUUUUUAUUAUAUAUAAAUAAUACCCAUACGGAUUCACUACUUAUCAGCAACUGUUUUGCAUCAAAUAAAAACGUAUGAAUCAGACAUUUUGUUGGGAAAUCUGAAGGUAAUUACUAUGUGGUUCUCUUGAAGGUUGUUUAUCUCCAGAUUUCCAAGGGUACCAACCUAACAUUGUGGAUUAGUUUGUUUGCCUUAUUCAAGACUUGUUUGUAAAAUGAUUGUUUCCAUUUUGUUAAAUGCCAUCUCUGUAUUUUGUCUUUGCAUCUAUUGUUUCAUAAAUGAA